UUUCUUAGGUGCCACCAUCCCAGUGAAAAUUGGCUGUGCUUGUCAUGUAUGGAGGUUCUUUGCAGCCGUUUUGUUAAUAAGCAUAUGUUGCAACAUUAUCGUCAAAUGAAUCAUUGUGUGGUUCUCAGCUAUAGUGACCUGUCAAUCUGGUGUUAUGCCUGUGAUGCAUAUUUAGAUGCCCAAGUGAUUAUGCAGUUGAGGCCUGUGUAUGAGACUACAUACAUCCUGAAAUAUGGCGAGGCACCUCCUUUUCGUACAGUUGAGUCAGGUUGGGUCGAGGCCCGAACAUCUUGUGAUCACUUGGGUUCGCUAUCCUCCGAUCUCUCUCACAUCCCAACUCCUGAUAAUCCUUGCAACAGGUGCCACCAUCCCAAUGAAAAUUGGCUGUGCUUGUCAUGUAAGGAGGUUCUUUGCAGCCGUUUUGUGAAUAAGCAUAUGUUGCAACAUUAUCGUCAAAUGAAUCAUUGUGUGGUUCUCAGCUAUAGUGACCUGUCAGUCUGGUGUUAUGCCUGUGAUGCAUAUUUAGAUGCCCAAGUGAUUAUGCAGUUGAGGCCUGUGUACGAGACCGCAUACAUCCUGAAAUAUGGCGAGGCACCUCCUUUUCGUACAGUUGAGUCAGGUUGCGUCGAGGCCCAAACAUCUUGUGAUCACUUGGGUUCGCUAUCCUCCGAUCUCUCUCACAUCCCAACUCCUGAUAAUCCUUGCAACAGGUGCCACCAUCCCAAUGAAAAUUGGCUGUGCUUGUCAUGUAAGGAGGUUCUUUGCAGCCGUUUUGUGAAUAAGCAUAUGUUGCAACAUUAUCGUCAAAUGAAUCAUUGUGUGGUUCUCAGCUAUAGUGACCUGUCAGUCUGGUGUUAUGCCUGUGAUGCAUAUUUAGAUUCCCAAGUGAUUAUGCAGUUGAGGCCUGUGUACGAGACCGCAUACAUCCUGAAAUAUGGCGAGGCACCCCCUUUUCGUACAGUUGAGUCAGGUUGCGUCGAGGCCCAAACAUCUUGUGAUCACUUGGAUUCGCUAUCCUCCGAUCUCGCUCACAUCCCAACUCUUGAUAAUCCCUGCAACAGGUGCCACCAUCCCAGUGAAAAUUGGCUGUGCUUGUCAUGUAAGGAGGUUCUUUGCAGCCGUUUUGUGAAUAAGCAUAUGUUGCAACAUUAUCGUCAAAUGAAUCAUUGUGUGGUUCUCAGCUAUUGUGACCUGUCAUUCUGGUGUUAUGCCUGUGAUGCAUAUUUAGAUGCCCAAGUGAUUAUGCAGUUGAGGCCUGUGUACGAGACCGCAUACAUCCUGAAAUAUGGCGAGGCACCUCCUUUUCGUACAGUUGGGAGCUGCCAAGGCAAUUAGGAUUAAUUCAUGUUACUAAUAAGUUCAAUCCAAGAUAUCAAAGCCGACGCUUUGAUUAUAUCAUCAUGCAGUGUACAUGAUUAUCUACUUUAUGAAUGAGUUGAUUUUUCUGCCUUAUGGCAAUCCAUUGAAAUUUAUGUAAAAACUGCGCAUGAUAGUUGUUUCUGUCCUAAGGCCUGCUUGCCAGCUGAGAGAUCAGAAGGAAAUUGAUAAUUAUUUUUAUGCUUAUCUUUCACCGUUGGUCUCAGA